UACAAAGAAUGAAUGAUACCAGGGGACACGUUAAUGUCUACCCUAAAACCUCGAAGAAAACCCCAACCCGAAACUCAUUUGAUUUGCAAAAAAUAUGAAACAACACGGAUAAGGAAACCCAAGCCGAACCACAACUCAUAUUCUCUGAGAAAUGGCCAACUUAAGGACGGCAAUGGACUCCGCCUUCUGGGACCAGCCAAUCUCAUCCCCACUAACCUUAGAAGGUACUGCUAACUCGGUUCCUGGACAGCCAUUUCCACUUGACGCUACUCGAGCUAGCCGAGCCCUUAGGAUUCAACAACUCUCUCUUUUGGGAUUAGGGUUUCCUUUGGGUCUCAUUCCUUCUUACUCUAAUCUUCCCCAAAAGGAAUUAGGUUCUUUCUCAAUUCAGUCUCUCUUGCUCAAACCAUCCAUCUCUAAUUGGUGGCUUGGAUUAGUUGGACAGUUUCGUCCAAAGAAGCUGAUUUCUAAUGUUAAAAGAGAAUUUUCAAAUGCUGAUGAGUUGGAGGUGUCUAUGUUCCGAGAUACAACAAAGCACAUCUUCGACAAGUCUCUUUAUUCAAUUGGUGUAUGCUCACAGCUUGCUCUCACUCCCUCUUCUUCCUUGCUGUGGAACACUGAACGCCAUGGUGAAAGGAAAGGACUUCGCCACAAGUUUAUGCUCUAUCACAAGCUUCCUAAUCAUGAUAUCACGUUAGAGGCUGGAUGGCCCCAGCUGUUCAUUGACCAUAAAGGAGAAUAUUGGGAUGUUCCUGAGUCAAUAUCCUUAAAUAUGUCAUCAGUCGCUUCAGAUUCUCCGUUGCAAUAUCGUUUUGGUUUGCACAAGAACAGUGGUCAUCCCCAAAGUGUUAAUGCCAUAAAUGGUGAGGCACCUGUUGCUCUAAUGCCUGGAUUAUGUGCGAAGGCUGCCUUUUCAUAUGAGCAGAGUAAAGACAUAUGGAGAAUAAAGGAGACUAAAGAAGAUUUCGUUCUCAAGACGAAAAGGGGCAAAUUUUGGUGUCCAGCAUAUGAUGUCCGUCUUAAAGAACCUCAUGCUACUGUUUCUGCAGUUAUUGGGGGCACCUGUGCGGCGUGGCUCGGGGGCAGGGAGAACUCGAAGGCAAUUGAAUCUCAGGAUGGAGAUACUUCUAUGACUAUUAAAAAGAGAAGUCCACUGAAUGCUGAUUUAUUUGGCUCCGUAUGUUGUACUUUUCAACAUGGGAAGUUCAGGAAACUAUUUAAUGACAUGACCCGGGUCGAUGCUCGUCUGGAUAUAUCUUCAGUUUCAGGGCUUGGCAAAAAGGUUUUGAAUAUUUUCAAGACUUCUUCAGUCAGCAAUGCAGAUAAUUCACUGUCUUCCCCCAGACUAAAUUUUAUCUUUCAACAGCAGGUUGCAGGGCCCAUCGUCUUUCGUGUUGAUUCUCAGUUUUUGCUUGAUUCUACAUUAGAGAAACAUGCCCCACAUAUGGAGGAUCUAAUAUACAGCUUGAGUUACUCCUUGAGGCUUCUUCGCUCUGGCAAAGUUGUUGCCUGGUACUCACCAAAAAGAAAGGAAGGGAUGAUUGAAUUACUGCUAUUUGAGUUCUAACUCACAUUUCCCUUUGUUCUGUAGCUUAACAAGUGUUUUGUAUGAAACUCCCAACUUUUUCAUAGGAAAUUUUACAUCUGAAGGUGAACAAGCCAUUUAUUUUCA